AUGGCUAACGCUCUCGUCUCUCAGCUGAUCGUCUGCAGCGUACUGGUGCACCUCAUUCAAUCAGGGCAAUGUUGUACUCCUGGGAAAAAAGAUGCUGUGGAUCGGCUACGAAAAUUCCUUGGCCUGGAGCCGGUGAUGAACGCCCUAUACAACACAGGAUUUUCGGAUCGGUACAUCACCCGAGCACAGGAACUGAAUUGCGAUUUUGAGAACCCGCGUCUGUGCUUAUGGAAGAACAACGAGCUUGGAUCGGCUGACCAGCUGGAGUGGUACCUGAUGCGUAAGGUUGAGGAUAAACGAUGGCCGCACCUCAUUAAACCAGGCGAUAAUCCACCUUAUGGCAACCAGCUAAUUAUUUCCGGCACGGAGGUUUUCGAUCCUGAGGCGAAAGCUGUUUGGAUAAGCAAUCCAGUCUUAUGCCAGAGAGGCGAUGGAAAAUUUGCAUUCACGUAUCAACAGCGCUUUUCCUUCGUAAAAAUAAGCCGUCAAGUUUAG